AUGACCACAGAGAAAACCGAAUUGCGGAGCCUCAGCGAUGAUUCACGGCAAAGUUACCGAAGAGCAGAAAGGUUGUCGGCAGGCGUCGGGGAGAACAUGCUGUCUCUGUGCCUGAUCUGGGGUUUUGUCUUGCACGGCUCAGGACAGCUGUCUCACGUCCAGCAGUACGAAGUGGUCCGACCUCAGAGACGUCACGAGAGACGGACCAGGAGCCUUCAGGACAACCAGCUUUAUCCUGAUGCAGUUCAGUAUGACUUGAUGAUUGAAGGCAAAAACCACUCUGUUCAUCUGGAAAAGAACAGGAAUCUUAUUGGUGAAAACUACACUGAAACAUAUUAUUCAGAGGAUGGAAAAAGGGUGACAACAUCUCCAAAUGAGGAACACUGCUUCUACCACGGACAUGUUCAAGGUGAGGCUGACUCCUCGGUCAGCGUGGGAAUCUGUUCGGGCAUCAGCGGCUUUCUGAGAGUCCGGCAGCAGGUUUACCUGAUCGAGCCUCUGGGACAGACUGCGGACGAAGAGCACGCAGUCUACAGACGGGAGCAACUGAAGACGCCCGGCGCUGGCUUCUCUUCUAAUGCCUCCACGUUGUUUGAUCGGGACCAGAACCAGGAGCCGAACCCUCAGCCAGAAGGCCUCUUCAGGUCCAGAUCAUGGAAAACAAAAUCACCACCAGGGCCUCAGAAGUUUGUCGAGCUGUACGUUGUGGUGGACAGCACUGAGUACAAACAGUAUCGAGACGAUACCAGGUCGCGUAUUCUCGGUGUCGUGAAUCACAUUGAUAAGCUCUACCGCUUCGUCAACAUCCGCAUCAUGCUGGUGGGCUUGGAGAUUUGGCCCUACAAAGAUCUCGUCGUCGUGGACGGAAACCCAGACACGGCUCUGGAGAACCUGAUGGUGUGGCGCCAGGCCGACCUCUUGAAGAGAGCAAAGCAUGAUAACGUCCAGCUUGUGACGGGCAAAGACUUUUCCGACGACACAGUCGGACUGGCUAAUAAGUUUGCCAUGUGCACCAUGAACUCUGGGGGAGUCAAUCAGGAUCACCAUGGUAACCCGCUCGGCCUCGCCUCCACCAUUGCUCAUGAGAUGGGGCAUAGCUUCGGCAUGUCCCACGAUGCUGCAGGGUGUGUGUGUGGUCCAGCUUACAGCAGCAACUGUGUAAUGACUGAAAAGCUCAAUGUUGCAGGCCAGGGCUUCCCAGACUUUUUCAGUGACUGUAGCAUCCAGCAACUCACUCAGUUCAUGGACAGAGCUCAGCCCAGCUGCCUGGACCCACCAGGCCGCAUCAGCACCAUCGCAUUAGGCCCUCGCUGCGGUAACGGCCUGCUGGACGGUGGAGAGGAGUGUGACUGUGGUGCAGCAGAGGAAUGCAUCAAUCCUUGCUGUGAUGCCUCAACGUGUCGCCUGACUGAGGGAUCUCAGUGCGCUCAUGGAGAAUGCUGCGAAAGCUGUCAGCUGAAAGCGUCUGGCAGCAUCUGCCGGAGAGCUGCUGGGUCAUGUGACCUCCCUGAAUACUGCAGCGGUGACUCAGCGGAUUGUCCUGAAGACAGCUUCGAGAUGAACGGCAAGCCUUGUUACGGCCAGGCGCCGGGCUACUGCUACGACGGCCAGUGUCCCACACGAGCGAAGCACUGUUGGAGGCUGUUUGGAGAAGGAGCUAAAGAGGGCCCUGAUUUUUGCUUCGACCUGAAUAAACAGGGCCAGGAAGGCGCCAACUGUGGGAGGGAUGGACAGAGCUUCAUUAAGUGUUCCCCUCAGGACCGGAAGUGCGGGUCUAUGUUUUGUGUUGGAGGGGAGGAGCCAAUCACAGGUAAACACGCAGCCUUCAGGGUGUUGGGUGCGACGUGUAGGGUUCUUGUUGAGGUCGAUAGAACCAGAAACUUUGACAUGGUGCCAAACGGAACCACAUGUGGAGACAAUCAGGUUUGCCUCAGCAGCAAAUGUGUGGAUGUCUCAGUUUUCGGCAAAAGAGAGGACUGUGCAAAGAAAUGUAACAGCAACGGGGUGUGUAAUCACAAGAAUGAAUGCCACUGUAAUCCUGGGUGGGCUCCGCCGCACUGUGACAUCAAAUAUGCGGACAUACCUAAAGGUCAGACUGUGAUGAUAGCUGGAGUGUGUGCAGGGAUCUCGACCCUGCUGGUGAUCACUCUGGUGAUCGCAGGACUGAUGUGCUGCAGGAAGAACAACAUAAGGGACAGAUACAUGUAUAAAAGGAAAAAACAACCAUCUCCUGGUAAACUGAAGCCCGUGUUCCAGGAAAAAGCCGUCAGAGACAGACCUCAGAUCAGCCAGCCCACUCUGAUGGGGUCCACUUCCUCUCGGGUCUGCCGUCCUCUGGUUGUUGCUGUGACUCCCUGCAGACCUUCUCCACAGCCUCCUGCCAAACCUUCAGUUUCCUGCACCUCUGAGACCGAGCCGAGUCAUGGAACCAAACCACGUCCUCCACCCGUACCUCCGGUCAAACCCUCCCCUCCUCUGGUUGCCAGAUUCAAGAAACCUCCCCCUCCUCCUCCUCCACCGCAGGCGAAGUCUCGCUUCAUCAGACCUGCGUGACGUUCUGGUUAGUCUGAAGGGUUGAAAAUGCACGCGGCCCACCGGCGGCGGAGAAGCUAAAGUUCAAAUAACUUUAACAACUCAAGACUAACAGUUGCAGAGCUGCUGUGCAACUGUGAUGUUUUUACUCUGUUUGUAAAAACAAAAACUCUUUUCUACAUUUUUACAUCAAAUACCGACAUGCACUUUGAUUUUUUAAAUUUUU